AUGGGUGACGGCAUCAGCUUCCGGCACACCACAAGAAAAACUAGAAAACCAAGUUGGCCUGUACUUCCUCUUGAUGUGUAUGAACUGAUUUCAUCAAAGUUAACCCUGAGCGAUAUACUGCGUUGGAAAUCGGUUUCUCGUUCAUGCUACAAUGCCAUCAAAUAUAUCGUAGAGAAAUCCCCAUCAUUCACCUGGUUAGCCGAACCUCCCUGCCUCCUGCUUUACCCAGAUCAAGAUUUGGACCGCACCAUUGAUGUUGAUGAUGGCAUUAUAUACGAUGAAGGGUUUGUCUUUUAUAAUCUUAACAGCGGCAAAUUUUCCAAGUUGAAGAACACCAUACCUAAGGAGUUAAGCCAUGGUGUUUUUCUUGGAUUGUCUCAAGGUUGGGUGCUUUUCUUGAGCAAGAAGCUAGAGUUUGUGCUCUUAAACCCCAUGCUAUGUGGAGCUCAGCUCCCACUCCCACCGCUCUGUAGUUUUCCAGAUAUACAAAGAAUAACAUACGAUCUCGACCAACCUAUAAUCAAGUGGAGAAAACCUGCAGUUACUUUCACAUCCUUGGAAUUGUUUAGUGCAAGUUUCCAGUCCAAAGUUGUCGUGUGUCCGCGAUGGAGUUGCAGCAGUAGGAUCAGAAACAAAGACAUCUUUGGGGUUAUUGUUAUGUACUAUGUUCUGGUCAAUAAUCAGGAGACUACAGGACCAUAUAAUCUUGCAUUUUGUAACACUAAUGCAGAUGUUAAGUGGACAAAACUUGACAAGCAAGGAGGUUAUAAGGACAUUGUGUGGCAUCAAAAUCACUUGUAUGCCUUACGCAACGAUUGGAGUAGUGUCACAGUCUGGGGUUUCGAGAAUUCGUUAGUUCCGAUUAAGAUGAAUGAUAUUCAAUCUGAUGGGGAGGCAAUGCGAAAUCUGGAUGAUCAAUAUGUUAGGGUCAGUGCUUACAUGAUCAAAACGCCGGAAGAUCUAUUGCUGGUCUGGAGGACUUGGACUAGUAUGUUCUUUGCUUUUAAGCUGGACUGUUCCUAUGGUAGGCGCAGAUGGAUAGAGGUGGAAUCGAUUGGGAAUUAUGCAUUGGUUUUGGAUCGGAGACAGUCUAUGUUAAUCUCAGCCGGCCAUGAUGCUUCAAGAUGCGAUAAGAAUUCAAUUUUCUUGGUAGAACAGUUACAAACAACUGAUUCCCGCAGCAACGACUUGGUUGCUUUUGAUUUGAAGCGAAGGGAGAAAGGACUAGAGAAUGGUUUGCCAGCAGUGUGGAAGGAUGACUGGCCAGUUGUUUUGGGUUGA